GAAAAACACAUUCAAUAUCGCCUUUCCAGAUUAUUCAUUUUCGCGACCAGACAUAGGUCGUUCUUAUUCAACGCUCACUUCCAAUAUGAUUCGUCAGGUUCCUGGACUCGGAUCUGUGCAAGGACUAGUGCCUGCUGAGUUCGGAAACGUCGAGCAAUAUCGUGGAAUUCCAUAUGGCUCAAUUCCGGCCAGAUUUCGACAGGCAAAACUCGUAACAUCAUGGCCAGACGGCAAGUGGGACGGGACAAAAUACGGGCCACUCUGCCCAUUUCCCAAGAUGGCUAUUGGGCACCCUAUCACGCAGAAGCACCUGCCCCCUCAGCAUGCCUAUGAAUUUGACGAAUUCCGUUGUUUGAAUCUGAAUGUUACAUGCCCCGCCGGAGGCAGCACUCCACCAAACGGCCUGCCUGUGGUGGUGUGGAUUCAUGGCGGUGGAAAUUGCGUUGGAACGGCGGCAGAUCCAGGAUAUGAUGGCGCCCCGCUCGUUCAUUUCUCUGUUGAGAGGAAACUACCAGUCGUUGUAGUGACCGUCAACUAUCGGCUAGGGGCAUUCGGAUUUCUAGCUUCUGAUGCAAUCAAAGAGGAUAACGAAGCCGCCGGAGAUCAAGGACAUGGUAACUACGGAAUUCGAGAUCAACUUUUGGCGUAUGAGUGGGUCAAGCGAAAUAUUAAAGCAUUUGGAGGUGAUCCGAAUCGCGUUACUGGAAUGGGAGAAAGCGCAGGAUCCAUUGACACGCAUAUCACCUUGUGCUCCGAACUCUUCAAGUCGGCCCUUCCAUUCAACCAAGUCAUCUUGCAAUCUGGCGUUGGGUCUCUCACCGUUCGCACGGCAAAACAUCAACAAGGUGUAUACGAGAAGUUGCUAGCUCAUCUCAAGAUCGACACAGACAAAUCUUCUGAAAAUUUAAAGGCCCUCCGCGACAUCUCUGCAGACGACCUUGUCUUGUCAUACAUCGCGCUCGGAAGUGGCCCGGUCCCGGCGUGGCAGGCGACAGUGGACGACUAUUUCCUUGCUACAAAUUGCUCUGUCUCCAGCCUGUCCCAGCAGCAAUACCACCCCAGCCUUAAACGAUUGCUCAUCGGUGAUUGUGCAGCUGAAGGCUUGAUCUUUUCCAUGCCACUAUCCAAACACGAGUGGACAUUCGACAAAGUACAAAGUCUGGCUACAAAAGUUCUCGGUGAGCAGGAUGCACAAGCCGUUCUUCAAGCAUAUGGAAUAUCGGCCGAUUCGUCUUACGAGGAGUUGUUUGCUUCUCUAAUUAAGCUAUUAUCGGACGCCGAAUGGUCACAGCCAAUGCGCGAGGUUGCAAAGUCCUUUUCAAAUGGCGACGUGUUUUACUACCAUCUGACUGAGGGAAAUCCAUUUGAUGGCGCUCACAAGGGAAAAGCUCAUCACGCGGUAGACUUGAUUUACGUCUUCCUUACAUAUCAAAGUCACUUGCCCGACAAUCUCGCAGCGCUUGCUGAGACGAUAGCAUCAUAUUGGUUAUUAUUUGUAAAUGGAGGCCAGCCUUGGAGCGUAUACGAUCAGAAACUGGAUGGAUCGGCUAAGAUCAUGGUUUUUGGUCCAAAUGGUGGCAGUGUUGAGAAAUCGGAGAGCUCGAAACCUGCGUACAAAAACAUCUUGCUUUGUGGGGAAUUGAAAGACAAGAUUGGACGUUUUGCCGCUAGCCUCCAUGGAACGCCGGCGGUUGAGUGAAAAGGAGGUGGAUGCUAGCACACGUGUUUCAUGUUACUAGCAUCAAUCGAGGUUCAAUCGAGGUUCAAUAGAUUCGGAAUAAUAUCAGUAGAGUCUGUUGACACCAA